AUGGACGGCUUUCGCCUUUACAUGGAGGGGAUCAGCCUGCCGGAGGGGAGCAUGCGGCGUGCGAACGCUGAGCUUAUCGGCGCCAUCAACAGCCCUGAUCCGAUGGUCCAGCACAGCGGCUUGCAGAUGUUGUGCGAUCAACUCACGAUGAGCUCCUUCAUUUCGCCGUCCACGAUGACCACUAUCCCGCUUGUUUUACCGUCGCUGCUUCGGUGCAUCGCGUCGUCGCAGGUGCGCGAGGUGUUCAUCACGGCAGCCCGCGCGCUCACCUACAUCAUCGACGCCUUUCCUCGCACCUUUGAGACGUUCCCGACCCGUGACACCCUGAUCGAAGUGCUGCUGCAGCACCUCCGCUCCAUCCAGGAUGUGGAGCUGUCGGAGCAGUGCAUCACGUGCUUGGAGAUGAUCACGCGUAGCCAGACGGGAAGCCGUGAGCUGCUGCACAACAACGGCGUCGAGGCGGUGCUUGGCUUCGCCGACUUCUUCACCCUGCACAAGCAGCGUCAAAUUUGGACCAUUGUGCAACGGCUCGUCGGCGAGGUGGACGAGAGCAGCGUGCAGCACAUCACUGCUUGCCUUCCCACACUGCGAAUCGGCAUGACGAACGGCGACUCCGAGAUACGUCAAAAGGCGAUCGCCACACUGGCGCAGGCCAUCGAAGGCGUCAAGACGGACCGAGCCAUCGUAGAGACCGUGUUCGGCGACGCGGCAGACCGCAUCGCAGUCCUCCUACACGAGCGUGACGUCAACGACGACACGCUGUCGUCGGCGCUGUCCCUGCUGUACGCGGGUGUGCAGUGGAGCGCCGGCAUCGCCGCGUCGGUGAUCCAAAGCGACCUGCUCAACACGCUGCUCUCCUUACUUCAAUCAACGCCGGUUCCCGCGGUAGUGGCGGAGCAGCACACCGCCCCAUCGGCGGGGGCUGGAAGGGUUGCUCGCCGCAGCGCGGCGGCCGAACUGGUGGUGGGACGUGACUCCACAACGGACUCUGGUGGUGGCGCUGGCACUGAGCCAGCAGCUGCGCGGACGACGAUGCUCACCUCGCACCAGCGCACCAUUGUGUGCCGGCUUUUGGCCUCUCUGCUGAUUCCGUGCAGGACCGGCGCUGCUGAGCAGCUCGAGCGGCUGGAGAUGCUGACACAGCGGCCACUGCUCACGGGCGCCAGGGCCCAUGGCAGCCGGUCGGGCAUGGACGACGGCGAUGACGAAGGCGAGGACUACACGACGGAAGAGGACGAGAACGGUGAGGAGAUGCAUGAAUUCGACGAGGAUAGCGACGCCGACGCGACUCUGACGCACCUGCGUCAGAGGGUGGCGCAGGAGCAGGGCCUCAAGAUCGAGACCAAGCUGGCGUACGCCCGGUGCCGCGCCUCCGGUUUUAUGUGCGAUGGAUGCGGGAAGAACUGCACUCCCGGUGACUGGUACCGGUGCAACGAGUGCCCCGACAAGGACUAUUGCACGGCCUGCGUUUUGGAGCACUACAAGGACGAUCACGGUGGCCAGCACAGCUACACAGAUAUGGAGCAGGUAGUGGGGGCCGCGGCGCGCAAUCGGGACAAGCUGGAACUGUACCGCAAGUCGCCUCAGCGGCUCCAGCGCGUCUUGGAAGCCAUUCCCACCGUUGUCGGUGUGUGCGUCUCCUCUGAGCUUGUUACCGUGCGGACGUCGUGCCUCGACUUUCUUGUUAGCGCGGUUGACAUGGCCUCCAAGGAGCAGCUUCUCGCGAGCGACAUCACGAAGGUCUCGCUCGGUGAGUUUCUCAACAACAAUCUCCGCGGCGCCGAUCUCGUCUGCAAUGCACUCGCGGUUGCUCUGGCAGGACGGCUGUUGCAAAAGCUGAGUGACAUCUAUCAAGUGCAGUUCGUGCGCGAGGGCGUGAAGCUGAGCCUGCAAGUGCUGAAGCAGCGCUGCAAGGUGAAGGGAAGGGCGACACUCACGCGUGAGGCGCGCGCGGCGUUGACGACCUGCACUGCCGGGUGGAGCACCAUUAUCGGCACCGAGGCGUCGAUGCUGCUCCAGCGCUUCCUCGACGUUGAGGAUGAGCAGGCAACCGAGUCCCUGCGUCGCGUCGUCGAGGAGCUCCGUCAAGACCACUUCAGCACCGCGGCAGGCCUGCUGCGUGACGUGCUCGCUGGUGACGUUACGGCGUUCGAGUUUUUCUCGAGCGGCGUUGUGCGGGAGCUGCGGAACUGCUUAAGCCGCCAGCAGAGCAUCUACGCAGUGAUGCACCUGGUCGCUGCGCUCUCCACAUCUCCCGCCACGACGAGAAGUGGGAAAGCGAAAAAGAGUGCUGGGGCCUCGCCCACGUUGACUGCCACCACCGCUGGGCGGGUGGGUCCCGGCAGUGCUAGCCUGCUUUCCCACUUUGUGCACCACCUACACACAAUACUGACGCUCCUCGACGACUUUACCGUGCCCACGUACGACUUCAUCGGCGGCGUUCACAACUACUUUGUCGUCUCUUUCGAGCCUCAUCGCGCGUCUGUCGCCGUCGCUGGCGACACGACGGCGGACACUUCCACCCCCAGUGCACGCGGCGACGGCGACAGUUCUGUUUCGCCGCGGCAGUGCAUCAAGGCCCGCAUUCGACCCAUCUCUAGCGUGAGCGCGAUGGCGCAGGCUCUGCAGCAGGAGGUGCUGCAACAGGAGAGUGAGGACGGAGACAACGGCGACAACGAAGGUGAAGCCGUGACAAACGUCCUGCCCAACUUGCACCCGCGGCACUCCCCCACGGCCCGUGACGCAGAAACACCAGUACCAGCUGGUCCCUCGUCCCCUGCUCCAGCACCGGCGAACAGCAACGUAUGGAUUCGCUAUGGCGCACAUGUGCUGCCGCUGUCGAUGACGAUGCUGCAGAUCAUGGAGCACCUCGUCCUUCCUGCCGCGGCGGCUUCCGAAGAUGAGGCGCGAGGCAGUCACGACGACAACGCCGAAAGAAGGGCGAAGUCGCGUCACCAGCGGCGCGGAAAGCGCCACGACACCACGGCGCCAGAGGAGGGGGCACACGAGGCGGAAGAAGCCCGUCACGGCGCCCACAGCCGUCUCGUUCCGCUGGACACAUCGACCGCCGCUGGGUACUCGCUGCAGCGACCUGUCGUGCUGUACUACAGCACUACCCCAUACAACCCGCAGUACUACACCUUGUACAAGGUCCCCAAUGCAUUCCCUGCCAGCGGCAAUCCGCUAGCACCGCUGCAGGUGUGCCUGCCGUCGCAGGACCAGAGGCCGAGCGCGGUGCGGGUUGUUCAAGAGCAGCUUGCUGGCGCCUUCCACUACAGCAAGCACGUACUCUCCGAUAGCCAGCGGGAUGUACUGGGGCUGCUGGGCACGCUGCACGCCGCGGUAGCAAACUGGGCGGUGCUUCUCAACUAUGUGCGAACGCAAGCCGCUACUGGGUCGAAGCAUCUGCGCGGCAUCGACGCCACCUGCAUUCUGAACACCUUCGCCCCUGCCAUCUCGAUCGCUGAGUUUCAGCACGCGAAGCUCAACAGCAAAGCGAUUCAGCAGUGCUCUCAGAUGCUGCUGGCUGGCCAGCAACGUGGCACGUGGGCGGUGAAACUCGCACUGGAUUGCACCUACCUUUUUAGCUACUCGACGCGCAAGUUCCUCUUCGACGUCGGCUUCACGUCGACAGAUCGCUGCUUGAUUCAGAUGCGCAAGUACAGGGAACUGUUUGGCUUGAAUGAGCCGCAGAUCUCGAGUGAGCAAAUGCGGGGCAUCUACGGUCAGCUAAAGAAGGAGACGAAGCGGGUGUGGCGUGAGGACGUCUUGGAGUGCGCGAAGAAGGUGCUUGGUGCGCAGGACGCGCGGGCGCGGAACCGUGUCUGGAGCUUUCACUUCUACAACGAAAACGGCUGGGGCGAUGGCCCGACGCGCGAAUUCUACACCCUCGUCAGCCAAGAGCUGCGGCAGCGCAAGCUGGGACUCUGGCGCGACGGCAACGAGGCCGCGGAUGACACUGAGUACAAUACCGCCGCCUAUGGCCUGUUCCCGAAACCGGUGCCGCCCGGGUCGACUCAGAAAGACCACCUGGUGCCUUUCUUCCGUCUUAUUGGCCGCUUUAUCGGGCGUGCCCUCGUUGACGAGCACGUGCCCGGCCUCCCGCUCUCACCGGUCUUUCUCCGCCUCUUGCGCGGUGACGUGUGCGGGGUCCACGAUGUGCAGGACGUCAGCGAUGAGGUCGGGCGUCUGCUGGUUGCUAUGGCGGGAGCCGCCGCAAGUGGGCACACGCGCGUGCAGCUGCCAGGGCAGACGAAAGCGGUGGAGGUGCAGGACCUCGCCCUCGACUUCACGCUCCCGGGCGACGACAGCGUGGAGCUGUGUGCGGAUGGGGCAAAGACGGCGGUGACAGCGAACAACAUGAUGGCCUACUGUGACGCUGUGACGAGCUUCUUGCUCGAUCGCGGAGUGGCCGCGGCGGUCCAUGCUCUCCGUGAGGGUUUCCACUGGUACAUACCGCUGGUGGCGCUGCAGAUGCUCAGCGUGGACGAGUUGUACCAGCUCAUCGCUGGCCACGAGACGGCAAUCACGCGCGACGACUUUGAGAAGUACAGCGAGGCGAACUACGGGUACACCCUUAGCUGCAAGCAUGUACAGUGGCUCUUUGACAUCCUUGCCGCCUUCACGGUGGAGGAGCAGAAGCAGUUCUUUUUCUUCCUCACCGGCUCUGCACACCUCCCUGUAGGCGGCUUGAGUCGAUUGCGGCCGUCCUUUACCAUUGUGAGGAAAACGUCCGAGGAUGCCAGUAUCAAGGAAGAGGACAUGCUGCCAUCCGCCAUGACGUGCCAGAAUUACUUGAAGCUGCCACAGUACAACACGAAAGAAGAGAUGGAAACGAAGCUUCGCUUCGCCAUGACCGAGGGCAGCGGCGUGUUCUUGCUCUCCUAG